AUGGAUUUGCAAAUGAUGCUUGCUGGAGAGACCUUUACCUCUCUUGACACCCUGUACGGGAAAGAUGCUCAUCUGUAUGGUCUGCAGCAAAGGAGAAAUGGAGUUGGUGAAAGGAGGAAGGAUGUUGGUAACCAAAAUCAAGGUGGUGGCCAACAACAUCAGGGAAACUUUAAGAAGAACAAAGGGAAUAAUCACUUCCAGUUCAAGGGAAAUCAUGGUGGAAACAGAAACAAUUUCCACAACAACAAUGGGAAUAAGUACCACCUUCGUUUUCUCUCUCCCCGAUUCUUCUCCCUCUUCCUCUUCCUCUUCAGCUUCGUUUUAUCUCUCCUCUGUUGUCGCCGUCGCUUCUUCACCGCCGGAGAUCGAUCUCCCCCACCGCCGUUGAUCUCUACCCUCUUCCAGAUCAGACUACUUCAGAAGCAGUUGGAGGAGGAAGAGAAGCUUUCAAAGCAGCACGUUGAGGCUCUUAAAGGGCAUUAUCAGAAGUACGAGAUGAUAGAUUCUACUUUAGGUGAUGGCACCUCAAAGCGUCUAUCUAAGUGCUACGGGGUAAAUCUCAAUGAUGACUAAGGAAUCUGACUUGAGUGAAGCUGAUGUCUUCUUCUCUGGUAGCAGCUGCUGUUGCGAGAAGUUUGUUGCUGGUUGCACUUUCCUAAGCUGGAUGACCUGCUCUUCUUUGUUGCUGUUGUUGUG